AUGUCGGAUUUACCGUUACCAACAUCAACAGCAUCGAAUGAUGACCCGAAAGCACUUGACAAUCUGUUAGAUGAUGCUUUAACAGAUUUUAAAGAGACAUCAGCAACUUCAACAUCACCGUCAGCAGUAAAGAAAGAGUCCGUUGUAAGCUCAUCUGAAACUGCCCCACCCCCAUCAGAUCCCUUACAAACGACAUUCGAAGCGAUGUGUUUCAAUGAUGAAAAAUUCCUCAAUGAACUCGAGUCCUUGCCGAAUUUUCUCUCGAAUUUUCCAUUUGGCCUAGGAGAAGCGACGAAUGAAACUGACGCUGAUAGUGCCGGUAUAUUCAACUUAUUUUCUCAAUUGGGUAAACAUGCUGAUCUAUUACAACAAAUUAAAGAUGAAGAUAUUGAAAAAGCGCUGGAAAAACUCGCUGAUCAACCAGAUCCAACAGCCGCGUCGAACACAACAAAUUCAGCUUCGGCAUCGGCAACUAAUGAACCACAUGUCGAACAAUUAAACUUGUUUAUGUCAAGUAUUUUAUCAAAAGAUGUCAUGUUACCUGCAUGUCAAGCUGUUGAUGAAUCUUACGAAGAAUGGUUGAUUAAGAAUAAAGAAAGUCUAACUGAUGAAGAAUUUCAGCGAUAUACCAAACAACAUCAAUGUGUUAAAGAAAUAUGUCGUGAAUACGAGGGUACAUCUAGCGGAGGUCAACAGAUUCAACGUGUUUUACAAAAAUUUCAACAGUUGCAAACGUUUGGCGAUCCACCGAAAGAACUUGCGUUUUUUCCAGGUUUACCAGGUUUUGGUGGUGAACAAAAUCUCUUCGAUGAAAGUUUACCAGAUGCCAAUAAAACCGGACCGAGCGAUGCCGACUGUUGUCUGAUUGCGAUCGAUAAAUCAAUCCGAAAAGUAUUUCACUUUACAAAGGACUGUAAAUUCCUCACAUCAAUGUUUAGCUUCGGCGACUACAACUUCAAUGAUGUACUUCCUUCACCGUCAACAGAAGCAAUCAAUCAGCUUCUGACCUCACCGAGUUCAACACCAACUCCUCCUGGUAUUCGUACAAGUAAUGGUAGUAAUUCAAAUUCUCCAUUACAAGAUCCAUCACCAACAGACAUUGCACCAUUUUUGGAGUCUCAGUUUCUUUUGAAUGAUGAGGACUUUCUGCAAAAUUAUCUUGGAGAUACUUAUCCUCAACCAGAUAGUUUAGAUACCGUACCUUCGUAUAAUUCUCAAGAAAUGCCUCUUUCUGACAACAAUACACCAUCCAAUCAGCUAGAUGGAGCUGAUGACGACAAACUUCGAAUAAUCGCACAGCCCAAAUCACGUUACCGUGAGCGGUAUCAUUGCGAAACAGAUUCAAACAGAAAUCGAGCUCAUCGUUUCAUUCGAACUGGAAAUAAAAACGGUUUCGAAUAUCCAACUGUUCAGUUUUCACGGAAAUGGUGUGAUCCGACACGUGAGUUGUAUAUUCAAGUUACACCAGUGACAGUCAAAACGGAUACUAGACAGUAUCAUUGUGUACAUCCAUACCGAAUUGAUGCGGAUGAAAUUGGUCUCAUUAAAGAUUACGAAGAAAAGAAUAAUUCGCUGUAUUUUCGUAUUCAUCCAGAAGAAUUUGCUAGUUGCCAAAAACGAUUUUUAAUCAGCCGAACGAAAAUGAUUCAAAGUGAUUUAAAAGAGUAUGGAAUGUUACGGAUCUAUGGAACAGAUCAGCUAGAUAAUCAACAAGUCAUAUACUCCCAAAAACCAAAACAAACUAUUACUGCAUACCAACUGUGGGACUGUCAGCUUAUGUUUGUCAUUGCCGAACGAUUCAAUCAACAUUCUCUACCACAUCCGAUCAUGCAAACAGCGGUCCUAUCAGAUACUAUGACUGAUGUCGAAACGGGAGAUCGACAAACAACAACCAACUAUAUUCAGCAAACAUUGCUGACACAAAUUAAAUGUAUACCACAAAAAGUUGAUUGGAGAGGAAACGAAGAAAUCGUUAUCAUCUUACCACAACAACCCAACAGACAGAAAAACUAUACCAUUACCUUUGAUUUCACACCACAUCCAUUAGUGGUACUUAACAAUAUCACACACAUUGACAAAAGAGUCUUUUCAUUCAUGGCACCACAAUGUCCAUUGCCAUUCACUGACCAGCCUCGUAAUUUUCCAAUGACUAUCAGAGAAAACAAUGUAGUCAUAGCCUUGGUCAAUUUCACCUAUGUACCACCCAUCAGCAUGAUGUUGAGCCUGUGUCCAGCUUGUAGUCAAACUACAUUCGUCAAUCAAGGAAACACGGCAAGUAACAAACGACAGCGUGGACGAGAAGAUGUGGACGAUGUUAAGUUCGUGAAUGCUCUGACAUCGGGAAUAGCAAGGAUGGGACUUGAACAGAAGGACAGCGAAGCAUCAUCAUCGUCGGAAUCAAUACCAAGUGCUACAGCAACAACAAUAGCUACAGCAGCUACAGCGGCUACAGCAACAACAACAGCUACAGCAGCUACAGCGGCUACAGUAACAACAACAGCAGCUACAGCGGCUACAGCAACAACAACAGCUACAGCAGCUACAGCAGCUACAGCAACAACAACAGCUACAGCAACAGCUACAACAGCUACAGCGGCUACAGCAACAACAACAGCUACAAAAACAACAACGAUUAAAGUAACUACAGCAGCGGCACGAGAUGAUCAUGCUGCUAAACUCGAUAAAUAUCUCGAUCAACUACAAGAAGCACUAGUCCAAUUUGUUCAAACCAACGAUCCUUCUCGACUGUUUCGUCGAACUCGCGUGUUGUUGUCGAAAUGUGUAGAUAGUCCACCACCACUGCAUGUUGCUAUCGAACGAGGACACAUUUCGUUGGCGCUGACGAUCAUUGAACAAGUGGCUAGUAUGCGCGAAGAAAACGACAUACUGGAGAGAAGAAACGAAAGUGGGGAAAACGUGCUGUUAGUCGGAGGUCGAUGUAAUGCAUGGAAAGUGAUUGAGAUGUUGGUGAAGAUGCGAAAAGAUGUGAUUGAAAGAGUGGACAAUGGCGGUAAUAACUUGUUGCACAAAGUUGGAAGUGUGAAGGAUGAUGCGGGUGCUGAAACAAUUAAAAAUCUCUUGGAAAUUUUACCCAGUGACGUUAAAACGCGGCUUUUAAAUGCAAGGAAUAAAAUGAAUCAAAGUGCAGCGGAAAUUGCGCAAUCGCAAGGCAACAUUCGGUGCGCAAUUUUAUUAAAUGAAUCAAUUAAAUCUAACGAAGUAAACGAACAACCAGCCUGUUCGUAA